AUGGUUUCCCGCAAUACAAUUAAGGAUGACAUAAUGAAGAUUUAUGAGUUUGAGAAAGGGAAAAUGAGUAGCUACUUGGAAAAGCUUGAAACUAGAAUGGCUAUCACAACUAAUAUGUGGACAUCUAAUCAGAAGAAAGGUUACAUGGCUAUCACUGUGCAUUACAUUGAUGAGUCUUGGUUACUACAUCAUCAUAUUGUAAGGUUUGUUUAUGUGCCUCCUCCACGUACAAAAGAAGUUAUUUCUGAUGUGUUAUUGGAUUUUUUAUUGGAUUGGAAUAUGGAUAGGAAAUUAUCUACAAUCACCGUGGAUAAUUGCUCAAGUAAUGAUGGCAUGAUUGAUAUCCUCUCAGAGAAAUUAUCUUCAAGUGGUUCACUUUUAUUAAAUGGAAAAAUCUUUCAUAUGCGAUGUGCAACACAUGUCUUGAACUUGAUUGUGAAGGAAGGUCUAGAUGUCAUUAGAGUAGAAAUUGAAAAAAUUCGUGAGAGUGUUGCAUAUUGGUCAGCAACACCAUCAAGAGUGGAAAAGUUUGAAGAUGCAGCUCGCCAAUUGUGCCUUCCAUGCAACAAGAAGCUAUGCCUUGAUUGUAAAACACGAUGGAAUUCUACAUACUUGAUGCUAUCAAUAGCUAUAACUUAUAAAGAUGUGUUCUCGCGUUUGAAGCAACGUGAAAAGCUCUACACCACAGUGCCAUCAGAUGAAGAAUGGAAUUUAGCAAGAGAAAUAUGUGAAAGACUGAAAUUGUUUUAUAAUAUAACAAAGUUGUUCUCAGGGCAAAAUUAUCCCACUGCAAAUACCUUUUUCAUCAAAGUGUGUGAGAUUAAAGAAGCAUUGUAUGAUUGGUUGAUUUGCUCAAAUGAAGUUGUAAGCACAAUGGCAUCAAGUAUGUUAGAAAAAUUUGACAAGUAUUGGAGUGGAUGUCAUAUUGUAAUGGCAAUAGCAGUUGUAUUGGACCCAAGAUACAAGUUGAAGAUUUUAGAAUUUUAUUUUCCGAUAAUGUAUGGGUCUGAAGCUUCAAGUGAGAUUGAAAAAAUUCGUCAACUAUGUUAUGAUUUGCUUUCUGAGUACCAAUCAAAGUCUAAGAUGGGUCAACAAACUUCAUCUCAUGGUGCUUCAUCAGUUUCAAAUCUCUUUGAGUUGACCUAUGACGAACAAGAUCCUCUUUCGAAGUUUGACUUAUUUGUUCAUAGUACCAGUGAAGAAGGUCAUGCGAAGUCGGAGUUAGACUACUACUUAGAAGAAACUGUUUUGCCAAGGAUUUCAGAUUUUGAUGUUUUGAGUUAG